AUGCGGUUCCCCUCGGUGUCCUGGCCGGACUGUCACUGCAGUCGAGUGCACUUCGUGGACGAGAGACUCCUUUUGGCAGGGAACAAAAGCAAACGUUGUGUCCGGUUUGCGCUUUGUCCGGAUGCAGGACUUCGAAUGUGCGUCGGGAUUUGGGCCAGUUUUCACCGGUAUUGGAGAGUGCGGCACGAGUGUUCCAUCGCACGUGUUCCAACCCGACCUGGGCACGAACGAUAUCAACAGGCGGCAUACAUUGAUGCGGACUUUCUCCUGCUAUCUAGCGGCGGUAUCGGAGGGCAUACCGACGGAAACAUCUACGGUCACGCAUGUGCCAAGAACUGUGUCGCCGUCGCAGCCAUCAAUUGGCAAGAAGGAGAUGGGCCUGGCGGUUCUUUCGAGGACCCCGAAACCAGCAGAGUGGAGUAUUUUUCAUCCACGGGACCAUGCAUCGUAGACCCUGGCAGCGGUAAAGAGACCAGGGAAAAGCCGACAACUUGCGCGGCUGACGGCCUCGCGACAUCGACAACCGGAUUCUCUGAAUUCUUGGGCACUUCGGCGUCGGCACCGGUGGCGGCGGCGAUCGCGACCAUCGUAAGGGCUGCAUGCUUCCCGAGGGUGGUGGAGUACGGAGAAGUGAUGGAGAUGCUGACCAACUAUGAGUACACAGUCGACUAUACUAAUGACGCCGAUGGAGCUGCCGAGACAUGGGGCAACGAAGCUGGACACGGGAUUAUUUCCGCCGCCCAGAUGCUCGCAUGGGUGGAGGAGAACUGUAGCGAGGCCUGCUCAGGAGCAUCCGGAUCAACCCCGGCGCCAACACCUACCACUGCUCAACCGGGCUCCCUCGGCUGUUACAAGGAUGAUCCGUCCGACCGAGUGCUGACGGCAAUGUGGUCGAGUCCCGUCAUGACUCCUUCGGUCUGCGCCGCCUACUGCCACAGGGAGUCUGCCAGCUAUGCCUACUACGCAAUACAGUACGGCGGCGAGUGUUGGUGCCAAGACACUGACAUCGACCUCAGGCACGGAGAAGCCACAUGCGACUACGCUUGCUCGGGGGAUGCGUCGAUUUCGUGCGGUGGGUUCUACGCCUUUACCUUGUACGAUCUCGAAGGAGCCAAUCUGCCCACUCCUCCUGCGGACGACAACUACGUGGGGUGCUUUGCGGACGACCUGCAAGACCGCGUGCUUGGUGCCGAGACUUCAUCCAGUUCUAUGACCUCAGAGGCCUGUGCUGACUACUGCGCCAACGAGUCCCCCCGCAACAUGUACUACGCCACGCAAUACGGCGCACAGUGUUGGUGCGCAGAAGAAGUCGACCUCAGGCACGGGGAGGGCAGGUGCGCCUACGCUUGCACCGGUGAUGCCAAAACCACAUGCGGUGGCUUCGAGGCGUUUGAUCUCUUUGAGGUCAACCCGCUAUCCCCGCCCACGGAAGACUACUAUGUGGGAUGCUUCGCGGACGACCUAGAAGACCGCGUGCUCGAGGACAUGAUCUCGGCCGUAGACAUGACCCUAGAGGCGUGCGAGAACCACUGCACGGAGAGGAACAAGCCUUUCUUCGCCCUUCAGUAUUCAGUAGAAUGCUGGUGCGGUGGUUGCGAGAUAUUGGAUGAUGGACCCGACAAGUACGACAGGCACGGCGCCGGCGUUUGCAACGACUUCCCAUGCUCAGGCGACCCAACUCGCCAGUGCGGGGGACUCGUCGCGUUCUCGCUGUACGAGCGCGACACUUGCGUCUAG